AUGAGGCUGGGCCUGCGCGCGCUGAGCGGGGCCGCCCGGGGCGGCUGGCGCGAGAGCUUCCCCCUGGGCGGCCGCGACGUGGCGCGCUGGUUCCCCGGCCACAUGGCCAAGGGACUGAGGAAGAUGCAGAGCAGCCUGCGGCUGGUGGACUGUCUCAUCGAGGUUCACGAUGCCCGGAUCCCGCUCUCUGGCCGCAACCCUCUGUUUCGGGAGACCCUUGGGCUCAAGCCUCAUGUGCUCGUCCUCAACAAGAUGGACCUGGCGGACCUGCGGGGGCAGCAGGAAAUCACAAGGCGCUUAGAAGCAGAAGGUCUGAGGAACGUUGUUUUUACCGACUGCGUGAAGGACAAGAACAUCAGGCAGAUUGUCCCCCUGGUCACGGAGCUCGUUGCCAGCAGCUGCCGCUAUCACCGGGCAGAGCAUCUGGAACACUGCAUCAUGGUGAUCGGGGUUCCCAACGUGGGCAAGUCCUCGCUCAUCAACUCCCUCAGGAGGCAGCACCUCAGGAAAGGGAAGGCCACCAGAGUUGGUGGCGAGCCUGGGAUCACCAGAGCUGUCAUGUCCAGGAUUCAGGUGUGUGAGCGGCCACCGAUGUUCCUGCUGGACACUCCCGGGGUGCUGGCUCCUCGGAUCGAAAGUGUGGAGACAGGCCUGAAACUGGCCCUCUGUGGGACCGUGCUGGAUCACCUGGUGGGGGAGGAGACCCUGGCCGACUACCUGCUCUACACCCUCAACAGACACCAGCUCUUCGGGUACGUGCAGCACUAUGGGCUGAGCGGGGCCUGCGACGACGUUGCGCGCCUGCUGGAGCGGGUGGCCGUGAGACUGGGGAAGACGCGGAAGGUGAAGGUACUCACGGGCACAGGCGAUGUGAACGUCACCCAGCCCAACUACCUCGCGGCUGCCCGGGACUUCCUGCGGACCUUCCGCCUGGGCCUGCUGGGCCCCGUGAUGCUGGACAGGGACACGCUGCAGAGCUGAGCCCUGAGAGCCUGGCCCGCCCGGCGUCCCCGUCCUUCACGGGGGGCCUGCGAUGCGGGCCCCUCCCAGCCGCCUCACUGCUGCUCCCGGGCCUCCUGCUUGGGCCACGAAGGGGCGCCCCGGCUGCUGGGGACGGUCCUGCGGGUGCAGGGCUGCCCACGUGGCUCGGGAGGGCCAUGGCCUGUGAUUAGAGCAUUUCAGUGACGUUCACCCUCUGUCCUCGGCCUCUGUGUGUCACGCGGGCACCUCUUGCAAGGUGGCACGGGGGCUCCUGUGUCAGAUCCUCGCCGCAAGUCCAGGGCCCCCGACAAGGAAGCACCAUGACCAGUGGGGUGUUUAUUCACAAUGCCACGAAGGUGCGCACAGACAGGUUGCAAGAGCCCCGGGACCAGGGAUCCUGCCCGGUGUCCUGGGGCCCCACCCCGUGUCCUGGGAGCGCUGCCUCGCUCCUGCCAGCUGACAGGACAGGCUCUUCCCAGAGGCUCCAGUGCUGCCUCCUGGCCAAGGGCGCAGGGGAGGGGCUGGGCCUGUCCCGCUGGCACCCCUGGGUCUGUGCUGUCUGCUGCCUCCCACACCCUCAGUGCCUGAGCUCCGCAGCCUGAGGCUGCUCCUGCUGAGACUGGCCAGUGGGGGUGGGGAUGCUGGUAUUUGGGGCUGUGUACCCUGACCAGUGUGGGGGCUCCUAUUCAGGGCUUCUGGAGGCUCCCACACACUUAGGGAGCCAGCUGGGGGGCCCCACGUGCUGUUCUCGGUGUGGGGUCUGGGCUGAGUGCAGCCAGGCCUGGCUUGCCCUGGGGGCCCCUCACCCCAGGAGCUGCCUGGCCUGCCUGCCUGUGAUGUCAGACUCCAGCGCGCUGCCCUGCCCUUUGCCCUGAGGGCCGGGCCUCCUGCUGUCUUUGGCAGUCUGAACCUGGUCUGGAAUGGACUGAGGCGCAUCCGGGCUGCUGUACCCCGAGAAUGCUGGCAGUGAGGACGCGGGGUGCUGCGGGAGCUGUGUCCCACAGCUUAGCGCCUGGGUCCUUGUAGAAAAAUGCUAGGCCCGGGGUCCCACUGACCGCCUGGGGACCCUCACCUGAGCAUGGAACUGGGCCAGCUGUGGGGGAGUAGAGGUGACGUGGCACCUCGGCAGUUGCUGGUCAGUUGUCCAGGGAGCAAGGGCAGGCUCUUAGCGGUCGCCUAGCACCCAGCACCAGACAAGGGCGGGAUCCGGAGGAGGCAGGCCCAGAAGCGGCCCUGCCGGGAGUGGGCGCCAGUGGAGGAGGCCCCAGCUGCUGGGCCAGGCUGGCCGCGUGGGGACG